AUGGCGGCUCGAGACGCGACACAGCCAUCGUUCACGUCACGUCUGCCGUUCUUUGGCGGGCGCAGGGCAAACAAUAAUGCCUCGGCCGGGGACUCCAAUGAGUCCGAGUCGGACGAGCCGGCGUCCAACGCGCCGCCCAAGUGGAGCUUUGGCGUGUUGAACGACAAGAAGACCAUCGAGGUUCCGGGCUCCGUCCUGUUGCUCGCGGACCACAAGAACGAGCCGCUGGGCCUGCGCAACGCGCCGGCCCGGACCUCCCACUCGUCCUUCCCCACCGGCAACUUCCCCGAGGCCCUCCCGCCGCCGCCGCCCGACGGCAAGAAGAAGACGACAGACGGCAAGAUCAUCCUAGAGCCGCAGCCCGAAGACGGGCCCAACGACCCGCUCAACUGGCCAAAAUGGCGCCGCGACGCCGCCCUUAUGUCCAUCGGCCUCUACUGCAUGGUCGGCGGCGGCCAGACCUCGGUCCUGGCCGCCGGAUUCACCGACAUCGCCCGCGACUACCAGGUCCCGGUGCACUCGGUGUCCCUGACUGUGGGCCUCUACAUGAUGGGCAUGGGCCUCGGGUCCGUCUUCGCGUCGCCCACGGCCAUCUUGUACGGCAAGAGGCCCGUGUACCUCGCGAGCGCCGUCCUGUUUAUAGUCACCUCGGUCUGGUGCGCGCUGUCCCCCAGCUUCCCUUCCCUUAUUGCUGCACGGAUUCUGCAGGGCGUCGCCGUCAGCCCGGUCGAGUGCUUGCCGUCUGCGACGGUUGCCGAAAUCUUCUUCCUACACGAAAGGGCGUAUCGGCUUGGCAUCUACACCCUUCUGCUCCUCGGCGGCAAAAACCUGAUCCCCCUGGUCAGCGCCGCCAUCAUCCAGACGCUCUCAUGGCGCUGGGUGUUUUGGAUCGUCGCCUUCGUCGUCGCCUUUUGCGGCGUCCUGCUCUUCCUGUUCGUCCCAGAGACAUUUUGGGAGCGAGUGCCACACGCCAAGCCCAAGACCCCCUCCAGGCCGGGCCUCUUCCAGCGGGUGUCGUCGCGGUACAUCCACCACCACCACAAGCCGGAGCAGCCAGACGCACAGCCCGCGAGGCCCGCCACCGCGCAUGCGGCCCCCACUCACGCGGCGUCCGAGGCCCUAACCCAUGAAAGACGCCACGACCAGCACGUCAUGUUCGCGCAGUCCGCCGAGGCGGGCGACAACGACACCGGUGCCAAGAGCUCGCCCGAGGCGAAAGCCGACGAGCAGCAGCUCAAGUACACCAACAAGUCCGACGCGCCCGAGGCCACCAGCUCGGACGACGAGAAGCCGCAGAAGCCGCCGGCCAUCCCGCCCCUCGAUACGGUAAAUCUGGAGCGGGGCGAGAUCCACCCCAUCGUCGCCCCGGCCUCGGCCCACCCGAGGCUCGAGAGCGACACCACCAAGACCAAAGCCUCGCCCUCGCCGGGGGCGGCGGCCGCCACCCUGUUCUCCCCGACCGACCCGGAAAAGCGCCGGCAGCACGACAAGGCGGCGGCCAACAUCUACUCGAGCCACUGGCGCGAGCGCGAGGCCAAGUCGUUCGUGCAGCAGCUGCGGCCGUGGCACGGGCGGCUCAACGGCGACCGGUGGCUCAAGGUGGCCUUCCGGCCGUUCGUGCUCUUCAGCUACCCGGCCGUGCUCUGGUCGUCGGCCAUGUACGCGUGCUCGGUCGGGUGGCUGAUCGUCGUGUCCGAGUCGGUGGCCGUCAUCUACCGCGAAAAGUACUACGACUUUGACGCCCUCGGCGUCGGGCUCGUCUACCUCUCGCCCUUUAUAGGGGGCGUCCUCGGCACCGCCGUGGCCGGCAAGGUCUCGGACAUCUUCGUCAAGGCCAUGGCGCGCCGCAACGGCGGCCUGUACGAGCCCGAGUUCCGCCUCGUCAUGGCGCUGCCCAUCGGCGUCACCACCGUCAUGGGCCUCAUGGGCUUCGGCUGGAGCGCCGAGGAGCGCAACAGCUGGAUCGUGCCCACCGUCUUCUUUGGCAUAAUCAGCUUCGGCUGCUGCCUGGGCAGCACCACCUCCAUCACCUUUUGCGUCGACAGCUACCGCCAGUACGCCGGCGAGGCGUUGGUGACGCUGAAUUUCACAAAGAACAUCCUGCAUGGCCUCGUCUUCAGCCUCUUCGUGACCGAGUGGCUCGAGCACGACGGCGCAAAGGCCGUCUUCAUCUGGCUCGGCGUCGUCCAGCUCGUCGUCGUGGCCUUUGCCGCCCCGCUCUUCGUCUACGGCAAGAGGUGCCGCAUGUGGACGGUGCGGAACAACUUUAUGGAGAAAUUUUGA